ACACAUACACACAUACCCCAUUAACCGCCUCACUUCUCUAUAUAUUCUCUUCUUUGCCUCCAAUUUUUCUCUUCAAACAGCUCAUUACUAAUCCUCUCAAUCUCCCAACUAAAAACAAACCAAAUCGCUAUAACGAAUAAUAAUUCAGUCAACCGAUGGGUGAGCAAAAAGAAGGAGCUAAACCUGAAGCCGAGAAGAAGCCAGCCGCCGAUUCCGGCGCUAAGAAAGAUGACGGCAAGGUCACCGUCGUAUACAAGAUUGAUAUGCAUUGUGAAGGCUGUGCCAAGAAGAUCAAACGCUCGAUUAAGCAUUAUGAAGGUGUGGAAGAUGUGAAAGCGGAUUGUGGAGCCAACAAACUAACGGUGAUUGGCAAAGUGGAUCCCGCCAAAAUCAGAGAUAGAUUGGCUGAGAAAACCAAGAAGAAAGUCGACCUAAUUUCUCCUCAACCUAAAAAGGAUGCCGCCCCCGCCGGCGGUGAUAAAAAGCCCGACGCUGAGAAGAAACCUGAACAGAAAAAGCCACCUAAAGAGAGUACGGUGGUCUUGAAGAUUAGAACACAUUGUGACGGUUGCAUUCACAAAAUUCGCAAAAUCAUCUUGAAGGUUAAUGGAGUUCAAUCAGUGGACGUGGAUGGAGCUAAAGAUUUAGUAACCGUAAAAGGCACAAUGGACGUGGAAAACCUCGUUCCUUAUCUCAGGGAGAAGUUGAGACGAAAUGUAGAGGUGGUUCCCCCUAAGAAGGAAGAUGCCGGUGAGAAGAAAGACGGCGGAGAGAAGAAUGACGCCGGCGGUGAUAAAAAAGAGAAAGGAAAAGAAGCUGCUGCUGCAGGCGGCGGCGGGAAGAAGGGAGGAGGAGGUGGAGAGAAGGAAGGCGGCGAGAAGAAGGAAGGAGGAGGCGGGGAGAAGAAGGAAGGCGGCGGAGAGAAGAAGGAAGGCGGGGAGAAGAAAGAAGGCGGUGGUGAAGCCAAGAUGGAGGUGAGCAAGAUGGAGUAUCAUGGAUAUGCGUAUCCACCGCAACCAAUGUACUUGUCGGGUGGACAGGAGUACGGUGGUCCGAGUUAUGCGAUUGAGGGAUAUCAGAAUCAUCAGAGGUACGGAUACGUGGAUGAAGGGUAUAUGCAUCCUCAUCCUGUAUAUGUGAAUCAAGGGUACAUGAUUGAUCCACGUCAUCCCCUUCACGCACCUCAGAUGUUCAGUGACGAAAAUCCGAACGCCUGUUCUGUCAUGUGAGGGAAAAAUCAACGGUGCAGGAUGAAAGUUGAGAUCCCAAAAAAUAAAAAUGACAAAUGUAAAUAACAGAACUUUGUAGGGAGAUAAAAGUAAAUAGAGAGCCAAAAAAUGAACCAUAUAAACGGCAAAUAAUAGGCUAGAAGUUUUUAGGGAUGAACCGGCUAGAGCCGGCUUGGCUAGGAGCUGGGGGUGUUUGUUGGUUGCUUCUUUUGUCUAAAUUUUAUUAAUUGGGGUAAUGGAAAUAACUUUUUCUA